CGAUAACCAACGAUGAAUUGCGUAUAAAAGGAAUAAAUCUCAGGCAACCGGAAGGAUUCAGUAGAUGACCAGCAGAACCAUGAAUCGUUUAAGCGUGCUGUUUGUGCUUGUUUGCGCCGCCGCCGUAUUUGGAGGAACUCUUUCUCCGGAGUUCUAUGAAUGGGAAGGUCGCAUCGUUGGAGGUCAAAAUGCUGGCUCCGGACAGUUCCCGUACCAGGUUUCGCUCCGUUCGUCGGCCAAUGCUCAUUUCUGCGGUGGUUCGAUCGUCAACAAUCGUUGGGUCCUGUCGGCCGCUCACUGCACCAUUGGACGUACCCUGGCUAAUACCCGUGUCAUCGUCGGAACUCACCUGCUGAACAGCGGUGGUAUCGCUCACAACUCGGCUCGUAUUGUCAACCAUCCCUCGUACAACGCCAACACCUUGGCCAACGAUAUUUCCCUGGUGCAGACCGCUUCCGUCAUCACUUUCAACAAUCUGGCUCAGCCGAUUGGCAUGGGUGCUACCUUCAUCAACACUGCCAGCGGUGCCCUGGCUUCCGGAUGGGGACAGUUGGGAGCAAACGUUGGAAUUCCGAACAAUCUGCAGUGGCUGAGCACCAGCAUCAUCACCCUGGCUGAUUGCCGUAACCGUCAUUCGGUUGCUAACCGUGCCCGCGUCUUCGACAAUACCAUCUGUACGCUGAGCCCCAACGGCCAGGGUAUGUGCAUGGGAGAUUCCGGUGGCCCAUUGGUGCAUGGAGGAAACCAGCAGGGUGUUGUGUCGUGGGGUAUCCCAUGCGGCCUCGGCUCUCCUGAUGUGUUCGCCCGUGUUUCUUCGCACCGUGCCUGGAUUCUGAACAACGCCGUCUAAAGAACAUCUUGGCAUCCAAGAUGAACUCCACUAUUGAUAGUGUAAUUUAGACCUAAAACUUUUUAAAAUAGAAUAUUCUACCUUUCUCGUGAAUGAG